GGAGGAGAGAGGAAGAGGAGACCAGGCCCAUGUAUGACAUGGUGGAGAGAAUCAUAGGUGUUCUGAGGAUCCACAACGCGUCCUGUCAGGAGAACAAUGACCUCCAGCCCUACCUGCCCAUCCCUCACGUCAGAGACUCCCUGGUUCAGCCCCAGGACAGAAAGAAGCUGAAGAAGGUCUGGGACCGGGCUGUGACCUUCCUCUCAGCCAAUGAGAGCCGUAUCAGGACAGAGUCUCAGCGGAUUGGCGGAGCCGACUUCCUGGUGUGGAGGUGGCUCCAGCCCUCUCUGAGCUGCGACCAGAUCUCACUCAUCCCCUCCAAAGUCUGGCAGGGCAAAGCGUUCCCUCUGGACAGGAGGAACUCUCCCCCCAACAGUUUAACACCGUGUCUGAAGAUCAGAAACAUGUUUGAUCCAGUCAUGGAGGUUGGUGAAAACUGGCAUCUGGCCAUCCACGAGGCCAUCUUGGAGAAGUGUUGUGACAACGACGGCAUCGUCCACAUCGCUGUCGACAAGAACUCCAGAGAGGGAUGUGUCUAUGUGAAGUGUCUGUCAGCAGAACACUCAGGGAAAGCCUUCAAGGCGCUACAUGGCUCCUGGUUCGAUGGUAAGCUGGUGACGGUGAAGUACCUGCGUCUGGACCGUUACCACCAGCGUUUCCCUCAGGCCCAGGGCUGUACCACCUCCCUGAAGCCCUCGAACACCUACAUGAACACCAUGUCCAGACUACGUCACCACACCAGCCCUGACAGCAGCUCUAACACGAACUCUCUAGGCUUCUCCUGAGGGGGGGGGGGCAGAUUACCCCAGCCUCCUCUCUCCCUCAACCCCACCACACCAGCCCUGACACUAACUCUCUAGGCUUCUCCUGAGGGAGGGGGGGGGUUAGAUUACCCCAGCCUCCCCUCUCCCUCAACCCCACCACAGCAGCUCUAACACGAACUCUCUAGGCUUCUCCUGAGGGGGGGCAGAUUACCCCAGCGUCCUCUCUCCCUGAACCCCACAGAUACCACCACACCAGCCCUGACAGGUCUGGGUUGAACCGUCUGUCUCGACUCACAGGGCUGGGUUGAACUGUCUGUCUCAACUCACAGGGCUGGGUGGAACCGUCUGUCUCAACUCACAGGGCUGGGUGGAACCGUCUGUCUCAACUCACAGGGCUGGGUGGAACCGUCUGUCUCGACUCACAGGG